AUGGGAGUUUCAUGUGUGGAACAAUAUGAAGUACUCAACGCACAUUUUGACUUCCUUCUUGAGGAGGCUGUCCAGCGCGUCCGUGUCCGUCCACUACACACCAGCCAGGACCGGGGCAGGGAUGAAACAGGCUGCGUCGCUAGGAACUAUGUGGCCAACCAUGUCAGCUACGUCGACAUCGUACUCUUCAUCGCCCUACUCUUCCCCAGCUUCUGCUCCAAGGCCUCCGUCGCCGACAUCCCACUCGUCGGCAACUCCGCCAAGGCGCUCGACUGCGUUUUCAUAAAUCGAGACUCCGCCCAAGACCGACGAAAAGUGCUCCAAGACAUACACGAUCGUCAAACGCUCAUUUGGAAGGCACGCGCUGACGAAUACUACCGCGACCGGCGACGAGUCGACUCUCGACUGCGCCUCCACAUCGAACACUUUCUCGACCUCGAUGCACAAGACACGCGCACGCAAAACACGCGCACACGCGACGCACAAUACAAUCGCGACGCACAAUACAAUCGCGACGCACAAUACAAUUACGACACACAAUACAAUUACGACACCGCACCAUCGCUGCUGGUUUUCCCCGAAGGUACCACGAGCAAUGGGCGCUACCUGCUGCCUUUCAAACGCGGCGCCUUUGCCGGACUCAAGGCCGUUAACCCCGUCGUCGUCGUCUACGACUGCCCCCACGUCGACAUGAGCUACGAAGUCGUACCCAUCGUCUGGCUCUUCCCUCUGCUCGCCGGCUCCUGGCGAGGCGCCACGGCCAAGAUCUACUGGCUCAGAGAAAUCGCACCCACUGUUCAAUGGGUCGUCGAUCGAGACGUCACCAGCUACGCACAACAUGUCCGUCAGUGUAUGGGCAAGGCCCUACUCGCAGUACGCAAUACCACUCCCGACCAGCUGCUACUACCACAAGACGUUUCCACUCAAACCGAAAAAGUUUCUACUCAAGACUCUACUCACGACACUACUCCCGCAUCCGAACCCGCACUCGAUCAGGUCUGGCUUGGAGAUCUCAGCAGCAAGAAACAGUGCAUCAAACAACUCUUUCAGUAA